ACAUAUGGGCAAUUGACAGGGUUGGGUAGGUAACUUUCUAAAUGAAAACCAUUACAGUUACUAGUUACCUGUUCAAAAUUGUAAUCAGUCAUUUAACUUUUGGAUUACCCAAACUCAGUAAAGUAAUCUUUUUACUUUGUUACUGUUGGAUUACUUUUCCCUUAAGAGGCAUUAGAAGACAAAAAUGAUCCAUUAAAACACAUCUGGUGUGUCAUCAUAGUGGUCUCUGACUUGUGGUCAGACUUGCUCAGGGGAAAAACUAAAACGUGCACCUUUUUUUCAAUUCUGAAUUGACUGUCAUUGAGAAAACAGAAAGGUGUCAAUGUAUUUUUUACCAAAAAUCUGAAUUUAAAAGUAAUCCAAGAAGUAAUCUAGUUUUUCAAAAAGUAUCUGUAAUCUGAUUACAACAGUGUUGCUGGUAAAGUAACAGUUGACCGUUUGUAAUCAGAUUACAUGUAACUGAUUUAAUCGGUUACUCCCCAACCCUGGCAAUUAAUGUCUAGAGCACUGGUGCAAAAUGGACAUUACAGUUUUUGGAAUCUUUCUGAGCAAUGGAACGCAAAUUGGUGACCAUAUGGCUAGAUCAUACACUGCAGUGACCUAUUUUGAUGGAUGAAUGUUACCAAUAGACUACCAACCUGAGCUAGUGUUUGUGGAGUAAAACGUAUCUGCCUGCACGCGCUCGGGGCAAGCAUCUCCAUCUACUAGCGCGCAAUAACUGAAAUGGCACAUUUUGCCUAAAGCGGUUUUUGCUAUGGCAUAAUGCAUGACGAUAGACGUAAUUUGGCUUAAAUUCCAGGGAGAUGUUUGAUGUUAAAAUAUACAACUAUUGGGGAGAGAGACGAGAACACUACAGAACUGAGAGGAUCUGCGGCCGCCCUGUCUGUGCGACAGUUUUAUUUAAGAGCCUAUCAUUUAAUAGUUUUAUGGACAUUCACAGUAUCCCUUUUAUUAGACAUUUUAUCAAAACGUUACAUGUAUGUUUUUUGGGGACGAACGUAGCCAAUUUUCACACUCCUAAAUCCGAUGAGGGAGUUCUGACAUUUGGGAGCAAGAUUAAACCGAACACUGCUACCCAUGCAGCAGACCAGACUGCUCUCCGUUGGAAUAAAACUGCGAUGUUUUUUGGUAAAAUAAAAUGUACUUGUGAAAUAAGAAACAGUAGAUCUCAUUUUCAUCUUGAACCGAAAUGAGGCGAGAUAGAAAAGGCUGCUCUAUUAUAACGUAAUCCUUGCCCUGCAGGCGUUUGAAUAGCCCAGAGCAAUAAUAUUUCUAGCCCUCUUCUUAUUUAGAGACGGACUGGUUUUCUUCUCAUAAAACUCGACGGUUUCAUCAUAUCAGAAAAGGAAAGACCCGGACAAAGACAGAUAUACAGCAAACGACGACCAAACUGGCAUAAAACAGAGAUACAAUUGAAAGGGAUAAGAGAUUCCUAUGUCUUCUCUAUCCGUGUCCUCCCAGGAGGGAAGAAGCAUGUCCAGGAUGUCUAUGAGUCGUUCUCCAGUUUCUCCAAUGAAUGCCCAGGGCAUCCCAUCACCGGCCCAGCUGACUAAAGCCAACGCCCCGGUCCACAUCGACGUGGGAGGACACAUGUACACCAGCAGCCUGGGUACUCUCACCAAAUACCCAGAGUCUAGAAUCAGUCGUCUGUUUAAUGGAACAGAGCCCAUUGUACUGGACAGCUUGAAGCAGCACUACUUCAUAGACAGGGAUGGAGAUAUAUUCAGAUACAUCCUCAGCUUCCUCAGGACCUGCAAACUACUGCUCCCAGAGGACUUCAAGGACUUUCCCCAGCUAUACGAGGAGGCCCGCUACUACCAACUGACACCCAUGGUCCGCGAGCUGGAGCGCUGGCAGACGGAGCAGGAGGGCCAGAAGAAACCACCCUGCGAGUGCCUGGUGGUCCGAGUGACCCCUGACCUGGGGGAGAGGAUCGCCCUCAGCGGAGGGAAGGUGCUCAUCGAGGAGAUCUUCCCCGAGACUGGAGACGUCAUGUGUAACUCUGUGAAUGCCGGCUGGAACCACGACCCCACGCAUGUAAUCAGAUUCCCUCUCAACGGCUACUGCAGGCUCAACUCAGUUCAGGUUCUGGAGAGGUUGUUCCAGAAGGGCUUCAGCGUGACGGCGUCAUGUGGCGGCGGAGUUGACUCCUCACAGUUCAGCGAGUACGUCCUGUGUCGCGAGCUCCGCAGGGGUCAGUCCUUCGGCACCACCAUCCACAUCAAACAAGAGCCUCUGGACUAGGUUGGGAGGAACAGAGGGACCCGUGAGAGAUCAACACGUCCGGUGCUGAUUUUCGAGUCCUAUUUACACAACUUUAACAGUGAAAAACACACAAGGACUCUUCAUGCUUGGGAAUAUCAUUUGCCAGUGGCAAUGUAGACUGGACUAGCAAGAUGUGAGAUGGUUGUGAUUCUUUUGAGACUCAAAGACACUAAAGGGAUCCUCUGAAAUGAGUCUGUCUGAGGUGAGCUCAUUAGCUCUGUUUGUAUGGAACUCUUACUGCUGCCAUUUCCAACAGAGAUACAGUAUCUAUCAGGAUCCAAGUGAAACGGUCCGUCACUUCUGGGCUGUUGACAACUAGGAGGAAAUAGCUCUAGAAAUAUGGUGCUCAAUUCCAGGUUUAACUGGGGACUCCCUACUGGUAUGACCGAUGACCUCCGCUUCAGAGACAUUAUGGCUGCGUUUACACAGGCAUCCCAAUUCUGACCUUUUGUCCAAUGAUUGGUAAACUAUAAAUGCAGCCACAAAUGGCCAUACCCUACCACAGGAAGAACAGAACAUGUUUGUGUUUGCCUCAUUUCUUGACGACUUCCUACCCAAGAUCUGAAUGUAAUUUACUGUAAUGUGUAGGUAUUUGUUCAAUUACAUGUCAAAUGGACAAUAUGGGGUUUCCAAUUUUUAUAUAUACAGUACCAGUCAAAAGUUUGGACACCUACUCAUUCAAGGGUUUUCUUUAUUUGUACUUUUUUUACAUUGUAGAAUAAUAGUGAAGACAUCAACAUUCUGAAAUAACAAGUAUGGAAUCAUGUAGUAACCAAAAAAUCAGUGUUAAAUCAAAAUAUUUUAUUUGAGGUUCUUCAAAGUAGACAGUCUUUGCCUUGAUGACAGCUUUGCACACUCUUGGCAUUCUCCCAACCAGCUUCAUGAGGUAGUCACCUGGAAUGAGUUUCAAUUAACAGGUGUGCCUUGUUAAUUUGUGAAAUUUCUUUCCUUCUUAACGCGCUUGAGCCAAUCAGUUGUGUUACAGAAAAACAGAAGAAGGCCCUAUUUGGUAAAAGACCAAGUCCAUAUUAUGGCAAGAACAGCUCAAAUAAGCAAAGAGAAACGACAAUCCUUCAUUACUUUAAGACGUGAAGGUCAGUCAAUCUGCAGUUUCAAAAACCAUCGAGCUAUGAUGAAACUGGCUCUCAUGAGGACCGCCACAGGGAAGGAAGACAGUUACCUCUGCUGCAGAUGAUAAGUUCAUUAGUUACCAACCUCAGAAAUUGCAGCCCAACGAGUUCAAGUAACAGACACAUCUCAACAUCAGCUGUUCAGAAGAGACUGUGUGAAUCAGGCCUUCAUGGUCAAAUUGCUGCAAAGAAACCACUAAAGUACACCAAUAAGAAGAGACUUGUUUGGGCCAAUAAACACGAGCAAUGGACAUUAGACUGGUGGAAAUCUGUAUUUUGGUCGGAGUGCAAAUGUGAGAUUUUUGGUUCCAACCGUAGGUGAACAGAUCUCUGCAUGUGUAGUUCCCAAGUGAAGCAUGGAGGAGGUGUGAUGGUGCGGGGGUGCUUUGCUAGUGACACUGUCUGUGAUUUAUUUAGAAUUCAAGGCACACUUAACCAGCAUGGCUACCACAGCAUUCUGCAGCAAUACACCAUCCCAUCUUGUUUGCGCUUAGUCCCACUAUCAUUUGUUUUUCAACACGACAAUGACCCAACACACCUCCAGGCUGUGUAAGGGCUAUUUAACCAAGGAGAGUGAUGGAGUGCUGCAUCAGAUGACCUGGCCUCCACAAUCACCCGACCUCAACCCAAUUGAGAUGAUUUGGACCAGAGAGUGAAGGAAAAGCAGCCAACAAGUGCUCAGCAUAUGUGGAAACUCCUUGAAGCUGGUUGAGAGAAUGCCAAGAGUGUGCAAAACUGUCAAAGGCAAAGGGUGUCUACUUUGAAGAAUCUCAAAUAUAAAAUAUGUAACACUUUUUUGGUUACUACACGAUUACAUAUGUGUUUCUUAGUUUUGAUGUCGAAAAUUUUAGAAAAUUGUAAAAAUAAAAACCUUUUGAAUGAGUAGGUGUCAACUUUUGACUGGUACUAAUGUAAAACUUUCCUGACAAAUGUUCAUGAUGUGAAAACUGGGAUUUUGGAUGUGUUAAGGUGAAUGCACCAAUUUGUAAGUCGCUCUGGAUAAGAGCGUCUGCUAAAUGACUUAAAUGUAAAUGUUAAUAUGGUGCACAUUUCACCGAUUUGUAUAACUGCAAUUUCAGUUAAUAUUUAAGGUAUGUUUGCUUA